AGAAAGAUACGGGGUGUAGAUAUGGUCAUUAAGGAAGAGCGAGUCCUUCACAUGGUUGGAGGAGAUGGGGAAACCAGCUACGCCGCUAAUUCCAGACUUCAAGAGAAAGCGAUUUUUCGAACAAAGCCCAUAUUGGAGACCGCCAUAGCAGAGAUGUACAGGAGCACGCCGCUCCCCGACAGGAUGGUCGUCGUCGAUCUCGGUUGUUCGUCGGGUCCGAACACCUUUCUUGUGGUCUCUGAGGUGCUUGGCAUCGUCGGUGACCUAUGUCGAAGGCUGGAACAGAAGCCACCGGAGAUCCAGUUCUUCUUGAACGACCUCCCGGGAAAUGACUUCAAUAAUGUCUUCCGGUCUUUGGAAAGGUAUGAGAAGAAGAUGGAGGAGGAGAAGGGGGACCUGCUCGUGCCUCAUUACGUUGUGGGCGUGCCCGGUUCCUUCUACGGGGGAGGCUUUUCCCGUGUAACACUGUGCACUUAUUCCACUCUUCCUACUGUCUCAUGUGGCUCUCUCAGGUCGAUCACUACUGCGCUUUCUCGUGUCAUGCAUGCGGUGUUGCACUGAGUUGAUGUUCUACUAAUGAUCAUGAAAUAUGCGUCUUAGGUUCCACAAGGUCUCGAGAGUGAGCAGGGUGUUCCGCUGAACAAGGGCAACAUCUAUAUUGCGGAGAACAGUCCACCCCAAGUCGUGAAAGCAUACCAAGAACAACACCGGAAGGACUUCUCCACGUUUCUCAAAUCCCGUUACGUAGAACUAAGCAUCGGAGGGGGAAUGGUAUUAACUUUCGUAGGAAGAAAAAGCAAACACCCAGCCACUGACGAGCUAAGCUAUCUUUGUGGAUUUAUAGCAGAGGCCCUUAACGCAAUGGUCUCACAGGGAAUCAUAUCAGAAGACAAAGUGGACACCUUCAAUUUGCCAAUUUAUGGAGCUUCGAUGCAGGAAGUGAAGUCAGUGAUAGAGGAGGAAGGUUCAUUUGAUGUGGAGAAAGCGGAGAGCUUCGAGUCCAGUUGGGAUCCGUUUGACGACUCCGACAAUAUACUCGAUGGGAAGAAUGUGGCAAGCACUUUACAGGCAGUGAUGGAGCCCUUGAUUUCACAUCAUUUUGGGGAUGCCAUACCCUAUGCAUUAUUCUCACUAGUCGCCGAUAAUAUUACUGCAAGGCACCUCCUAAAAGACAAAUGCAACUACACCGAGUUAGUCUUUGCCUUGAGGAGGAAAGCUUGAAGGCCUUCAUGCAUUACAAUGAAAAUUCAAAUGAUCUAAGUUGUAGUUGCUGUCUAGAUAUAAGAACAUGAUGUUGAUACUUAUUUGUAUGUCUCCUACUCAAUCAAAAGAUA